AUGCUACGCAUAGAGCACCUCCUCUACGGACAGACAGGUACCCCAUCACUCACACCUGAUGAGCCUGCUGCCGCGCAGGUGGCCAGUCUGGAGAAGCGUUUCUCGGUCCUGACAUCGCAUAUACGCGUCUACGCCGAUCUUCUCAAGAUAUACAAAUCCCAUCCCGACUUCUUCCACGCCUCGCCAACCGCGGAACCGCCCUCCCAGCUCCCCGCCGAUGCCGUCCAAGCCAUAGUCCUCUCGUCAGCGUCGUCGUUCCACUCGACCCUGUCGUACCUGACGGCUAUAAAGGACUGCACGGUGCCCGACCCGGCUGAGAGCGCGUCUCUCAUCGCACAGACGGACAGGAUGAGGGCCCUGAAGGCUACACAGAUGGCCCAGGCGGCCGAGGUCGCGGAGCUGCGGGCGCGGAGCGAGCGUCUGAUCCGGACAUGGUAUGAGGCCUCCUUUCUGCCCGACGCGCAGGCCUUGGCCGAUCUGGAGGGGAGGAUGAGCAUGGCCGAACGCGGGGUGAGGAGGGCAGAGCAUGAGCGGGAGGCUGCCAAGGAGCUAUGA